UUUUUACUCCGAAACACCACCAACAUUGGUUCUAAGUAUGGAAAAACAAUCAAAAAGGGAGUUAUACCCUUCUCCUCCAUUGAUGAGAGUAGGUUCUCAGUGAAGGAUGAGCUGAGGUGUUUUCCAUUUUUCACAGCAAAGAACUCUCGAGGAAUUCUCCGGCGGAGGACAAAACUGCUCUGUCGAAAGUGCGGGGCAAUAAUCGGUAUUGCUUAUAAUAUUGCUUCAUCUCAAGUGACUUCUGAUAUCACCUUAAGCUCUAGUUCUUCGAAUGAAGUUCGAAAAAAGUAUAGUAUCAGGAUCAGUGCCUUGCAGCCUUCUUCCUCUGAUGAAUCAGGUUGUUUAAUUUGAUAAAUUGAGUGAUUAGCAGUAAGCUGAAAGAGAGUGGGAGCAUGGAGUGUAUAUGAAGAUGGUUAGUGGUG